UGCAUACGUAGCUUUCUAUUCUCUGUCGUCUUUAUAAAUGUGGAGUGUGUGUAAACGAGGUACAAGAAUGGACGCUUCUUGAACCACCAACUUAUUCUGUGACUGUUUGCGUAAGCUAACAGCAGCGUUAGCUACGUGACUUUCGACGUCACUUACACCAGACUGCGUUUAAAAAAAACAUGCUAAUUGAAUAUUGCCCUGCUAAGAGAGUGAAGAGACGAAGCGGCGGCAACGUGAAUUAACGUCAUGUUAAACUAUUGUAGAAAGGACACCGUUUACUUCGCUUUAACUUCAGAAAAGUUCACAGAAUAUCAUUUGCAAAAGUUGAAAUAGUUCGCUGAAUACGUGAACAUGGUACUAAUGUCAAGCUAAACAAGUGUUUCGUUGCGUCAUGAGAUUUGUCCCUUUGCCAGAAAGCAAUUGCAUUUUCCCCACUGUGGUUUUGUAACACUAACUUGGCAGCAGAUGCAGCAGGCUGGCCCCUGGUCUCCCAGCUGGUCCUCAGCCUCUGACUGCUUCCCCCUCAGCCACCUCAAUAAUACAGCUGAAUGUGGAAGUGAGAAUUCAGUUGAACCAGAGAAACAAGAAGUGAGAGCAAAUACCUCUCCUACACAUCUCUGCAGGAUGCGGUCCAUCGUGAGCUUCUACAUAUGCUACCUGCUGUGCCUGGGCCUGAGCCUGGCCUGCGUGGUGUGUGUGUGUUUGUGGAACGUCCAGUGGCGGGGGGGUUUCUCCUGGGACAGUUCGAUACUGCAGUUCAACUGGCACCCGGUCCUGAUGGUGACCGGCCUGGUUGUGCUGUACGGCAAUGGAGCUGUGUUGUACCGCGUCCCCCUGACCUGGGGUCAGAAUAAACUCCCCUGGAAACUGGUGCAUGCCGCACUGAUGCUCCUCGCCCUGAUCCUGUCCAUUGUGGGGCUUUGUGCUGUGUUUGGCUUCCACAAUGCUAACAACACCCCUAACCUCUACUCUUUGCACAGCUGGAUCGGAAUCGCUGCUACGGCUCUUUUUGCCAUACAGUGGGUGGCGGGUAUGGCUGGCUUCCUCCUGCCCUGCUCCCCCAUGUCACUGCGUGUUCUCCUGAAACCCGUCCACGUGUGGAUGGGAGGCACCAUCCUGUGGCUCAGCAUCGCCGCCUGCAUCUCCGGAAUCAAUGAGAAACUCUUCUUUGUUCUCAAAGGCAGUGCCUCUGAGGCGUAUUCUGCCCUUCCUCCCGAGGCCUUGUUUGCAAAUGUUUUAGGAGUUUUGAUCGUAGCCUUCGGCUUGGUUGUCCUUAAGAUUUUGUCCAACCGUGAAUGGCAGCGACCCGACCCCAGGCCUGAGGAUCUGGCUUACGCGCCAUUGCUUCAAGAAGAAAACGAAUGAAGGGAAUUUAUAAGAUAUGCUCACCGCAAACCUGUCAAUGCAAAAUCAGUUUAUCCAUCACAGAUCACAAUUCCCUCCAACAAUCCAAAAGUUCAAGUUCAGUUGAAUGUACAAGCAGUUAUCUGAACACUGAGAAUUAUCUGUGUGUGUUUUGGGUGUAAAUAUUUAUUUGAAUAUUAUAUAUAAAAUAGCUUUUUCUCCAAAGAGUAAAAUAAAGUUUGCUUCUCCAAAAUAUUCUCCUCGUGCACUGUUAAUAAUCUUGCUAGCCAGUGUAGAGAACCUUCAUUUUAGAUUAUUUUACCACUGAGGUUUUCCUAAGGGGAAGAAUAUGUAAACCAAAAAAUAAAAAGUAACAUUUGUUCAAAGCUGAUGUUUCAUAAUAUGAGUUAAAUGCCUGACUAACAUCUAUGAUGAAACAUUGCUUUAUCAGUUACCUUAAUGCUGAUAGUGUUCAGCAGUUCACUCCCUUAUUUAAGAUCAAUACUGAAGUCAUCAUGAAUUAGAAUGACACUUUAUCAGGGCUGUAACAAAUGCCAUUUCAAGGCUUCAAUUGAGGUUUUUGAACAAAGCUUUAUUUAUUUUUAUUUUAUUGGUUUAUUUGGUAGGGACAGUUCACAUUAAUAAAACAUUUCUGUAAAUGCGCAAGAGACUAUUUUUCAUCUGUAGUCUCCUCAUAUUUUAUUACAUCUUCAUCUUACAACAAAGAUUUUCCGCCCCGUUAAAGGUGUAGUCUAUAGCAUCAUUGGACUUCAAUUGGCACAGUGAUUCCCAAACUGUGCCACUUGUGAUAAGUGAGUUUCUAUCUAAUGGUACAGAAGAGCCAUGCUAAAAGACGUAGUAAUUGCACUCCAACUGGCCCAAGUUCUUAACUUAAACCCCCCCCAAAAGUGUAAU